GUUCUGGUCCAGGCGGUGGGGUUGCGAUGGCUGACGGGGGGCAGCCGCCGGGAGCCCUGCAAGAGGAGAACUCAGGCGCCCACUGCACCGGUGGGAUCUCUGCCCGUUAUUUUUGCACGGCCGGGCGUGGGAUGGAGAUCUUUCUGCUCAAGGAGGUGCAGUCUAGGUUGGGCGCUACCCAGGUGGAGUAUGUGUCCGGAAAGGUUUUCUUCACCACCAGUGCUGAGCUGCGUAUGUUGAAGAAGCUGAAAUCUGCUGAGCGAUUGUUUUUAUUGCUGGAUAAAUAUCCUCCACUUUCUAUCUCAAAAAAUAAAGGAAGCAUAAUUCAUGACAUUCAGAAACUUGUAAAUGAGAAUUCCAGGAUAUGGCUGGAUAUUGUUACUAUUUGGAAAAGUCUUCAUGGUCAAGAAGUAAAACAAGAAAAUGUGAGUCAGGAAUAUCCAGUUUUUCAAAAACGGAAAUCUGAAGAGGAAGGCAGUACAAACAAUAAAAGGCAGAAAAAAGAAAAACUAUUGGAGACUAUUUCUACUGAGAGUCAAGUCGAAGAUCAUCAAGAGAGAUGUGACAUGUCAAAAGCUAAUACAGACAGUAUUUUGCUUGAAGGCAAAGUAUUUCUAGAGAAGGCUUGGGAAAGUAUUCAAGAGAAGUGUGUUGAGAGUGGUAGCAGCAUCAGUUUCCGAGUAUCUUGCCGCUGUAGCGGAGCACUUGCUAAAGUAUUUCCUGCACAGGUUGUGGGAAGAAUUAUUGGAAUAGCUCUUAUGAAGCAUUUUGGAUGGAAGGCAGAUUUGAGAAAUCCUGGUAUAGAGAUCUUUGUUCACCUAAAUGAUAUUUACUCUGUGAUUGGGAUCCCUGUUUUCAGACUUCCCUUGGCAAGCAGGGCAUACAUCAAAACAGCUGGGUUGCGAUCUACCAUUGCUUGGGCUAUGGCAUCCUUUGCUGAAAUCCAUGCUGGUGACUUUGUGUUGGAUCCUACUUGUGGCCUCGGAACAGUACUUGUGGAAGCUGCAACGGAAUGGCCUAAUGCACAUUAUUUGGGAACUGACAUAAGUGAUUUACAAUUACAGGGAGCCUAUUCUAAUAUCAGAGCAGCUCGCCUGGUCGGUAAAAUCGACUUAUUGAGAGCUUCUGCAACAGAAUUGCCGUUGCCUCCAGGAAGCAUCAAUGUUGUUUUUGCCGACAUCCCAUUUGGGAAGAAGUUCAAAAUCACAAACAACAUGAAGUUUCUACCAGAUGUUUUGCAAGAAAUUGAAAGGGUGGUUUGUGUUGGAGGGACUGUUGUGCUAUUGCUUAGUCGAGAACUCUAUAAGUGCAUCAACGAUGGCAUUUCCAGUGGUCCUGAGACUGAGAAUCACAACUCAGUGGAAUCUUUGAGUGACUGUACAGAACAUGCAGUGGUAUCACUUGAGAUGAACACCCAGGAAAAAAAUGGUAUCCCCAGGAUUAUUUCCCCAUUAGCUCAAAGUACAAGGAGAGAAGACAUCAGCAAUACAAAGACAAUUCUUAGUUCUCUGCUACUGGUAGAAUCCUUUGAAGUCAGCCUUGGCAAAACAGAUGCAUUCAUGUGCAAAUAUAAGAAAGUAACAAGUUUUGCCAGUAUAAAAAGCUAGUACCAGCACAUUAGAAUUAUUGUAUAUGUUAAAGUUUGGAGCUUGUGCUUCAAAGCAUGUGGUGCUGGGGCAGCUGAGCUUAGGAGAGCUGUGCAGACCUCUAUAUUCUGAGUAGAAUCCAAGGCGUAGGAAGAGUCAGUAGCUGAAUAUCCUUCGGCCAAUCUAUUCCUGUGUGGGAAAGUAUUUAAAAAUGUAUACUGCUUGUAUGGUGGGAUAUACUGUAUAAGUGGGCAGCAAAAUAUGUGUUUGUGAACCUGAUAGUUAUUUGGCUGCUCAUCCUACCUUGCUAUCAGACUUCAGACCUGUUGCUAGCACAGUGACACUUCAGUACCCCCACCUAUAUCUACAGCAAGACCCACAUGCCAGUUGUGCAGGCAGAAUAUAAGGAAGAUAGCAGGCAAGCCAGCCUCUGCAGAAUUCUCUUGGCUGUGGCCACGUAUCUGAAUUUUAGGUGUGGCUGCAGCUGAAUAAACAGCUGUUUGCAGUCUGUAAAUAUUUGUUCCAAGUUCUAGUUAUACAGUGGUGUAGGAGGUCAAGAGCUCGUGUAUCUAAUAUGGAGGAACCGGGUUUGAUUCUCUGCUCUGCUGCCUGAGCUGUAGAGGCUUAUCUGGGGAAUUCAGAUUAGCCUGUACACGCCCACA